GUUGACAAUAUACUGGUUGUUGCGGGUCACUAUUGCUGUGUAGGGAUUAGAGCCUUGAUGAGCUUUCAAGACGAAGUAACUUCAAGGCUGACAUUGCAAUUAGUUUAUCUCCAUCUACUUAUUGGAAAACCCGCCAUGUCGAAAGCAGAGGCCGACUUCGAUCAGCAGUGUAGGCACGAAACUGUUAGAAGGUCCUUGAUGAACUUGCCCACUUACCCAUGGAUAGAGGGAAGGCUGAAAAAUCAGGCCAUUUCAAUAGAUGAUGGCUACUAUCACUUCGUAGACUGCACGUUUGAGAAGUGGAGUCUCGACUAA